AUGUUAAAUAUAUCAAACAAAUCAAUAUAUUUCAAAGAAGUUGAUGCUGAAUUGGUUGUAGGCAUUCAUGAGAAAAUGGUGUCAUUGAUACCGAAAGUGUCUGCGAAUAAUACACUUCGGUCUAUAAACAAUUUGAUAAACAUACCAGAGGAGGUUUUGGCUGGAGCUGAACAAGAGAAGAGAAGUGCCAACAGAUUGCUGGAUCUUAUACAAGAAAUCCCAGAAAAGAUUCCACUGGAGGAGCAGCAAGUCACAGCUAUCUAUUCUAAUCUUGGUAUUGGUGUUGCCAAAGUGAAAAAUGAUACAUUCGAUGGUCUUUUCUAUGGCGUUUCCUAUGGAACCAAUGGAACAGAUGCAAACGCAUGGAUAAAUCCCUCACCAAAUUCCGACCAACAAGAAGCAGAUGCGAAGAUCAUGGCAUCUAUAUCAUUACCAAGGAGUUUAUUAAAACGUCUGAAAGACGAAGAAAGGUCAUCCGUUUCACGGAUAACUUUUUUCUCCAUGCGGGACGAUAAGCUAUAUAGGGUAACACAAAACGCUAGUACCAAGCAAAAUGUUAGAAUCAACAGCCAUGUUCUUGCUGCGAACAUUCCUAACAUUUCAGUAAGCGACCUUGAAGAACCGGUUAAUAUAUCGUUCAAUAUAUUAGAUCAGAAUGCCAGCAACCUACAAUGUGUUUACUGGGAUGAAAGCUCAGGACUGAAUCCCGGGUGGUCAUCAAGAGGUUGUCGAAUAUCCAAACAUGAAUCAGGAAAGGAAAUAGUUUGCUCCUGUGACCAUCUUACAAGUUUUGCCUUAUUAAUGAAUGUCUACCAGGCUGAAAAAGAGACAGACAAUGCCUUAUCUAUUAUAUCAAAAACAGGCUGUGCAAUAUCCUUUGUCUUACUCAUUCUUACAAUAAUAAUUCAUGUUUGUUUCAGAAAACUGUGGGAUUUAAUGAGUUCAAAGGUUUUAGUAAGCCUGUGCUAUUCUUUGGCUGUCGCUUAUUUUAUCUUCCUUGUCGGGAUGCAAUCAUACGUACAAACAAUGGCUGGUUGUAAGGCAGUGGCUGCCCUCUUACAUUACUUCCUUCUGACAUCUCUCGCGUGGAUGAGUGUUGAAGCUUUCCAUGUCUAUCUAAGUGUGGUCGUUGUAUUCAAAACAUGGGAGACGUCUUUUAUGAAGAAGAGUGCAAUUUUGGCCUGGGGUCUUCCAGCUGUCAUCGUUAUAAUUACCCUGGCAAUUAACUCCACAGACAAUUACAUCAAAAUCGCAGAGGUCUGUUGGUUAAACAACCUUCUUUCUUUUUUUUCUCGUGUGAUAAAACGUCUCAUAUCAACGCAAAGAAACAAGAGAUUUGAACACAAAAGAAGAAAAGUGCGUGUUUUGGGCCUGGUUGGUUUGAUGUUUUUGCUUGGAUUCACAUGGGUCUUUGCAUUCUUCGCUGUUAGCAGAGCGACAAAAGUGUUUGAUUAUCUUUUUUCUAUAUUCAAUACCCUUCAAGGAAUGUUUAUCUUCACAUUCUAUUGUCUAUACAAGAAAGAUACCAGAGAUAUCAUCAAAGAGUCCGUGAAUAAACGAAAGAGAGCGAAUCCCAGGAGAGUUGUCGCCGGCAGAAGAUUUGGUAAUGAAAUCGAGGAUAGAACAGCAGAAACAAAUUUCUAAAUGAAAAUUGAAAAAGUGCCUUCAAAAAUCGCUUCGAUAAUAUUUUACGUCAUAAAAUAAUAUUUUCUCCA